GAGAGCUGUGCUGCUCGUAGGUGGCUGAAGUAUUGGAACAAAACAAAUGUGUUUGAAUGGGUCGUUAGAGCACAUAGGUGCUGCUGGAGCACACAGGUGCUACUGUGAUAUUAUCUGAGGGUGAAGGCUGGUACUAGGUGAUGGCGGCGAGGUAGAUCCUAGUGCUACAUUGCUGUUAUCAACGUCAAUCACAAUCAUCAGUGGGUGAUGGCUGGCCAGGGCAAGUUUGACGCCCUCACCAAGGAACUCAUUACUCAUGUUCUGGGUUUCCAGUUGCGUAAGGAAGGACAACCGGCACAGUAUUUUAAGGAAGGUGAAGAGAACUUUGUCCGAAGUGAGCAGUUUGUCUUGUCUAACCUGUUAUAUCACCACUGCCUGGCCGUAAACAGUCAUGCUGUACGUCGUUCAGUUGAAGGUCUUGCUCUGAAGUUCACCAUUCAUGGCCAGCACCAUCGAGCUCAACAACUGACUUCUCUCACAUCAAAUUUUCUUGCCUCUCCUCUCUUCCAAGAUCAUUUUCAAACUGAUGUAGAAUGGUCCUUGCUGUCUCUCUUGUUACAUUUGAGUAACAGCCCUACACAAGUCCCAUUGCAAGAGAUCCAGAAGGUUGCAGCUUCUCCUGAGAACACUGAAGAUGAAUUGCAGGAGCAGAUUGACUGGGCAGUGUACCUUAGAAAUGGUGAAACCAAGUAUGUCCUUGGACCAGAGGAACCUCUCUCUGACUGGUCAGUAGAUAGUGAUUGCAGUGAUAAUGAAGGCAAUGAUGCUACACAGUUACAGGCUUGUUUAGUGAAGAAUUUGCCACCAUACAAUGUAGAAAUAGUGUGUUCCUCCAAGCAGCCCACUACUCGAGAAUUACUGGAGCAGGUUCACCGAGCCAAGUCUUGGCUGUCUGCAAAAACACACUUGCAGUACUGGGGACCAAAACGUCCACAGCAGUUACCAUUAUCUGAUCAUCCAGUGGCCAAUGUGCUAAAGCUAUGGCAAGAAGAACAAGGUUUGAGGGGCUUGUAUCAACACUUGACGGAAUGGGAAGUGAUGAGGGAGGUACUAUGGGUCUUGUUGUGCCCAGUGCCUUCACAUAUAUUCAUUUUAAAUAAGAAAGGCUCAUUCACCUUGAAGCAGAAUAUAUCACUUGGAAGUUUAACACCGGGGGCAACAUCAAGCUUGUUGGAAUAUCUGUGUGAACCUCUAAAUCAGCUGCAUAUCUUAGAUGUGUUCAUGCACAAAUAUGAAUUUCCAAGUAUGGACCCUCCUAAACCUGCCACCAUCUUGGCUUAUGCAGCUGGCUUACAACUUUGGAGACACCGCUUCCAGUCAACUCUAGUUACCCUGGAAGAUCGUGUCAAGAAGCAAGAAAGUACAUGUACCUUGUUGUGGCUUGAAGGAGAGUUGCGUCCCUGGUUGCGAACACUGGCAUCCAUCUUUGCAGUACAUUCAACAGCCACCACUACUAUUUUGGAGAAGUCUCCCAGAUACACAGCUGUAAGGGACGAAUCUGUCAAGGCCAAUGAUGAAAGGUUUUGGGGUGAAGCUUUCACAGUUAGUCUUCAGAAGGAUGAACAAAGUUCGGAUGCAAAGGACCCAAUGAAAACUAUCUUGAGGUUCCUGUCUCCCCUGGUGGUUGCUCUUACAACAGUAGGCAAGUCAAGAGAACUCCUUGCUAUUUUGGAUGUCCAGCCUCUGCCUAAACAGUCUAACCCCUGCAAUCUGUCUCGGUUAAAGGCAGAAACUGAACAAGAACAGUCACUGGAAGAGGUAGUCAUAAAGUUUGUUAAAAAGACUGUGCGUGCAACCAGCAGUGGUGAUAUUGAAGAGGAGGUACACGCUAGUAACAAUGAGGAGGAUGCAGAUAGUGUUCUCACUGAGGGCAACAGCCACCUUACACUGGGCUGCAAACAAGAAGACCCCCUCCUUAUAGCUGCUUUCACUGACACUUACCAAGAGUCUCACCAUUUUGCUACACCUGCAACUGUGGAUUCUAUUACCAGUUUAAUUGAAGAAAUUAGUGAUGUUCCACGAGCAAUAUCAGUGGUGUCACUAUUAACGUCAGCACUUUGUCCUCUGGUGAAGAAGCAACAAGAUAUCUUGAGUGCCAGACUGAUUUCUGUGUUGAUUGAAAAGAAUCGGUUGGAUCGCCACUGUCAGGCAGUUCGUUCUGUUUUACUCAUGGAAGCCGGUGAUAUCAUGCAUGAAUUCUAUUCGCACCUGUUUGCCAAGCUUGAGAGCGGUGAUGGUGUUGACAGCAUCAGCCUAACUCUGCACCUUCAGUACUGCAUUGCACGUCUUUACCCAGACUUGGCACAGUUCUUCUCUGUCUCUGUCACACCCCAAGAUUUGCAGGAUACAAGAACAGGCAAAGAUAUCAUUGAGGAAAAUGAGCGUGCAGUAGGAUCAGAUGACAGGAGUGAUGGCAUGCUGGUUAUUGAGGAGAUGACAGGGUCUUGUGCCAAAACAGUGAUGGUAGAUGCUGAUAGAGGAUGCACUUCACACCACAACAAUGAAACAGCACUCAGUAUGCCACUUGCAAGAGUUGGCUUGCCAGACAUAACAAUACAAUAUCAGGCACCAUGGCCAGCAAACCUGUUGCUUACUGAAGCCAUUAUGAAGAAGUUCAACAUGCUAUUCCGCUUCAAUCUUAGUCUCAAGAGAGUAACUAAUGGUUUAGAAAGACUUAAGUUUAGAGAUUUAGCCAGUUGGCAAGCAGUAAUUAGGUCAGAAAGAAACACAGAGGAAAGUGGUGGUCCACUACAGUCUCGUCUGCACCGACUACAGUUACUACGGCAAUGGUUGUUAUGCUUCUCCCGAGAGCUCCAUGACCACUUUGCAAAUACUGUUUUUCUACCCUAUCACCAUGCUGUAGAGAAGCUGUUUGCCUCUAGGCCUGCCCUCACUACUAUCAUAGCUGAACACGAAACACUCGUGAAUAAACUGAUCACCGAAUGUCUGAUGAGCAGCAGUGAAAAGAUACUUCCCCUGCAAAUAGUACUGAAUAAGGUAUUUUGGUUAACUCAGCGUCUGGGUCGGUUAUGGCUGCACGAUAUUGGUAGUGUGAGAAGUGAGGAACUGACAAGUUUAGAAACUCAGUAUACACAAGUACACAGGUACCUUGUGAACUACCUAACUACGCUGGUCACCGUGUGCUUCAUGCCACACAUGGAGGGCUUGACACGAACCCUUGUUGACACUGUGCCUCUGCUCACCCAGUGCUAGUGGAAGGCAGUCAGUAUCAUCAUUUCGUUUUACAAAAUCCCACCUCAUUUAUCGUACAGUAUAUUAUUAGAGGUACUAUGUCUGUCUUAUGUGACAUGAUCUGUGAGUAUUCAAAUACAUGUACAUUGCAUAUGUAGUGCUGAGUUAAUUACAUUUUCCUUUAAGUGCACAAUACAAUAGUCAAGUACUGAAGUUCAUUUUCUAAAUAAAGCAGUUGAAUUAAAGCUCUAACCAUUUUCAGUUGAAUUCUGUUAAAAUUCUCAGUUCUGAUUAUUACUGCAAGUAUAUAUCUUGUUUUAUUGUAAAAAGAAUGCAAAAUUACAGCUGUAAAUUAUAUGUACUGUACAGUCAUUCCUACAAGUUUUGAGGAGAGGGGAGUCAAGUUACGUUCCCAGAGGUUCCACAAAACUAAGAACUGCAAAUAAUAUGCAAUUACAUCUACAUAAUUUCUUUUUCAGAUUUGGGUUCAUUCUGCAUUUGAGACCAGUCUCUGUAAUACAUCAUUUAAUAUGUUCUAAUGUGCUUAAUACUGGCAUUCAUAGGAAAUCUUAAGGUAGCUUUUAAUUUAGGGUAUUGGGCCAGUACUAUAAAUAAAAGUAAUUCUACCAUAGGAAUUAAAGUUUUAAAUAAUCAAAAUCCACAAAUACAGAAGGCCAUGAAUUUGUGGGGAUGACUGUACUGUAUAUGUAAUGUUUUAAAAAAUGUACUUUUCAAAUCAUUGUGAAAUACAUCAGUUAGCUCUCUUGAUUAGAAACUGAUAAUUUUUUCCUUGUAGAUAAAAGGUUCUUUUGUCAUAGCUUCUCACUUUCUCUCUUGUGACCAAGUAUUCAAGUCAGAUAACUAUAUACUAUACAGUAACAUCGCUGACAUUGUAUUAACUAUUAUUUGAAAAAAAAAUAAAACUUUCAGAAUAUGCAGGUAAAAAAAAAAGACUUUUAUUCUUUUGUCUUUAUUAAAAAAUGUAGAUUAUAAUAACAAUGUCCGAGGUCAGUUGAGUGGGGUAUAUUCAGCUGGCCAACAGAUUACACAGAUGAAUUAAAGAAAAGCAGUGAACCAAGUUGUAGGGGAGUUGGCAGUUAGGGGAUAGGCUUCCUAGAGUACACUAAGUUUAGGUACACAACCUAUUUUGUUAAUUAGAAUUUAUGUGGAUUCGUCACAUUGAAUUAAAUCAGAGCUUCAUGAUACCCUAUGUAAAGCAAUAGUUUUUUUUUUUUUUUUUUUUUUUUUUUUUAAUGCACUGGCCAUCUCCCACCAAGGUAGGGUGACCCAAAAGAAGAAACACAUUAUUUA